CGCUCUUUGAUCCUCCGUCUUUCACUUGACAAAAUCCUAGUUUUAUAGCCCCUCUGUUUUUCCCCUUUUCGUUGUGCCGCCACCGUUCUAUGCGCCUCCAUCAUCAUCACCAUUCUCCUCCUCCUGCCUAUACUCGCCAAGAGCUUGGGUUUCCAGGGGUUUCUAUCACCUUCCGAGCUGGAUUCUCUCUCCUUUAUCUGGCGAAUCUCUAUGCGCCGCUGGUUCAGCGGUUUUGUUGAUUAGGCUUUGGUGUAUCGAGCCUCUUUCUUCCCCACAUACCAUCUAUUUUCUCUCGAUCCCUAAACACAUCACUCAUCAUUUCCAAACCUAGGGUUUAAUGGUCCAUUUCAUUUGGCAUGCUUUCUCAAUUAGGGCAACGUUGAUUGGUUGCUUGCUUGCUUGCUUUGGUUUGAUUGCCUUGUAUAUUAUUUAGUUUUUACAUUUUUGAGGGUUUUGGGAAUUUGGAUGGCAUUGGGGGAUUUGAUGGCGUCUCGGUUUUCGCAAACUUCGGUACCUUUGGUGACCAAUCACUGUGAUGACUAUGCUUCCAGUCGUGGCGAGGACGCUGGAGAUUUGGCCUCGCAGAGGAGAGAUUUGGAGACUGCUAGCAGUAGUUAUGGCAAUGCUGCCGUCGCCACGACAAGUAUGGCCUAUUUGCCCCAGACUAUUGUGCUCUGUGAGCUUCGUCAUGACGCAUUUGAAGCUCCCGUGCCCACUGGUCCAUCUGACAAUGGCCUUGUAUCCAAAUGGCGUCCCAAGGACAGAAUGAAGACGGGAUAUGUAGCUCUAGUUUUAUGUUUAAACAUUAGCGUUGAUCCACCUGAUGUCAUAAAGAUAUCACCUUGUGCCAGAAUGGAGUGCUGGAUAGAUCCAUUUUCAAUGGCACCUCAAAAAGCUCUUGAAACAAUUGGGAAAACCUUAAGUGUGCAGUAUGAAAGGUGGCAACCUAAGGCUCGUUAUAAAGUUCAACUUGAUCCUACAGUGGAUGAAGUUAAGAAACUUUGUAAUACAUGUCGAAGAUAUGCCAAGUCUGAGAGAGUUCUGUUUCACUAUAAUGGACAUGGUGUUCCAAAGCCAACUGCUAAUGGUGAAAUUUGGCUGUUUAAUAAGAGCUAUACACAGUAUAUCCCUUUGCCAAUCAGUGAUCUUGAUUCCUGGUUGAAGACACCAUCUAUCUAUGUUUUUGACUGCUCUGCUUCUGGGAUGAUUGUCAAUGCCUUUUUAGAGCUUCAUGACUGGAAUUCUUCUAGCUCUACUGGAUCUGUAAAGGACUGUAUUUUGCUUGCAGCCUGUGAAGCACAUGAGACUCUUCCUCAGAGUGCAGAAUUUCCUGCUGAUGUGUUUACUUCUUGCCUCACUACACCUAUCAAGAUGGCAUUGAGAUGGUUCUGUAAACGCUCAUUAUUACACGAGUCUCUUGACUAUUCAUUAAUAGAUAAAAUUCCUGGUCGGCAAAAUGAUCGUAAAACUCUGCUGGGAGAACUGAAUUGGAUCUUUACUGCAGUGACAGACACAAUUGCCUGGAAUGUUCUCCCCCAUGAUCUUUUCCAGAGACUGUUCAGACAAGAUUUGUUAGUUGCCAGUUUGUUCAGAAAUUUUUUACUGGCUGAGAGGAUUAUGCGUUCUGCAAAUUGUUCACCAAUUUCUCACCCAAUGUUGCCGCCAACUCAUCAGCAUCAUAUGUGGGAUGCAUGGGACAUGGCUGCUGAAAUUUGCCUCUCUCAGCUUCCAUCUUUGGUUGAGAAUCCUAAUGCAGAGUUCCAGCCAAGUCCUUUUUUCACAGAACAGCUAAUGGCUUUUGAGAUUUGGUUGGAUCAUGGGUCUGAAGAAAAGAAGCCGCCAGAGCAGUUGCCUAUUGUUCUUCAGGUUCUACUUAGUCAAUGCCAUCGGUUUAAAGCAUUGGUGCUUCUUGGGAGAUUCCUUGAUAUGGGAUCCUGGGCUGUAGACCUGGCCUUGUCUGUUGGAAUAUUUCCAUACGUUUUGAAGCUGUUGCAAACAACGACGCCAGAACUAAGGCAAAUUCUUGUCUUCAUAUGGACAAAAAUUUUGGCACUUGAUAAGUCGUGCCAGGUUGAUCUUGUUAAGGAUGGUGGACAUGCAUAUUUUAUCAGGUUUCUUGAUAGCAUGGAAGCAUAUCCAGAACAGCGAGCAAUGGCUGCAUUUGUUUUGGCUGUUAUUGUUGAUGGGCACAGAAGGGGUCAAGAAGCUUGUAUUGAAGCUGGUGUAGUCCAAGUGUGCUUGAAACACCUUCAGUGUUCAAUGCCAAAUGAUGGUCAAAAUGAGCCUUUAUUUCUUCAAUGGCUUUGCCUUUGUCUGGGAAAGUUGUGGGAGGAUUUCACAGAGGCUCAAAUUAUAGGCUUGCAGGCAGAUGCGCCAGCUAUAUAUGUUCCUUUACUCUCUGAGCCCCAGCCUGAGGUUAGGGCUUCUGCUGUCUUCGCAUUAGGUACUUUGCUUGAUGUUGGAGGUGAUGCAUGCAGAGAUGGUGUUGGAGGUGAUGCAUGCAGAGAUGGUGUUGCAGGUGAUGAUGAAUGCGAUGAUGACGAUAAAUUUAGAGCUGAAAUCAGUAUUGUUAGAAGCCUACUAAGUGUUGUUUCAGAUGGAAGCCCACUUGUUAGGGCAGAGGUUGCUGUAGCUCUAGCACGGUUUGCAUUUGGCCACAAGCAGCACCUCAAGUCAAUUGCUGCUGCAUAUUGGAAACCCCAGUCAAAUUCUCUGCUAAAUUCCUUACCUUCUUUGGCCCAUGUAAAAGGUACCAUAAACCAGUAUAUGCCACAUACAAGUAUUCUUUCAUCUCAAAUUGGUCCUUUGACGAGAGUUGGAAAUGACAACCAAUCGGUGGUUCGAGAUGGAAGGGUCUCCACUAGUAGUCCUCUCACAUCGUCUGGAAUUAUGCAUGGAUCGCCUUUAUCUGAUGAUUCAUCACAACAUUCUGAUUCUGGAAUGUUGAAUGAUGUUGUCAGCAAUGGGGUCGUCCACCAUUCAAGACCCAAACCAUUGGAUAAUGCAAUGUAUUCACAAUGUGUACUGGCUAUGUGUACACUGGCUAAGGAUCCAUCUCCAUGCAUUGCAAGCCUUGGUCGGAGGGUACUGUCAAUUAUUGGGAUUGAACAAGUGGUGACAAAACCUGUUAACCCUAGUAGUGGUAGUCGUCGGCCUGCUGAACCUACAUCAUCUCCAACUCCAAGUCUUGCAGGAUUGGCUCGUUCAUCAUCAUGGUUUGACAUGAAUGCAGGCCAUUUGCCUUUAACAUUCAGAACUCCUCCUGUCAGUCCUCCUCGACCAAGUUACUUAACAGGAAUGCGUAGAGUCUAUUCUUUAGAAUUCAGGCCUCAUUUGAUGAAUUCACCAGAUUCAGGAUUAGCUGAUCCUCUUUUAGGUUCCGCUGGAUCUUCUGGGGUUGCAGAGCGCAGUUUACUUCCGCAGUCUACUAUUUAUAAUUGGAGCUGUGGUCACUUCUCAAAGCCACUUCUUACUACAGCAGAUGAUGCUGAAGAAAUGUUGUUUAAAAGAGAAGGGAGGGAAAAAUUUGCAGUGGAACACAUUGCCAAGUGUCAACACUCAUCUAUUAGCAGGUUAAAUAAUCAAAUUGCUGGUUGGGACACAAAGUUUGAAACAGGAACAAAGGCAGCGUUGUUGCAGCCUUUCUCUCCUAUUGUCAUUGCUGCUGAUGAAAAUGAGCGGAUAAAGAUAUGGAAUUAUGAGGAUGCAGUCCUUCUCAACGGAUUUGAUAAUCAUAAUUUUCCUGACAAAGGAAUUUCUAAACUCUGCCUUGUAAAUGAACUUGAUGACAGUUUGCUUCUUGUUGCUUCAUGUGAUGGAAGUAUUCGGAUUUGGAAAGAUUAUGCACUCAACGGUAAACAAAAACUUGUUACUGCAUUUUCUUCAAUCCAGGGUCAUAAACCUGGUGUGCGGAGUUUGAGUGCUGUUGUAGAUUGGCAACAGCAAUCUGGAUAUCUGUAUGCUUCUGGUGAGAUAUCUUCCAUCAUGCUUUGGGACCUUGAUAAAGAGCAACUGCUUAAUUCUAUUCCAUCAUCACCGGAUUGCAGCAUCUCAGCAUUGUCUGCUUCUCAAGUUCAUGGGGGUCAAUUUGCAGCAGGUUUUGUGGAUGGUUCUGUCAGACUCUAUGAUAUCCGGACACCUGAAAUGCUUGUGUGUGCUAAACGACCCCAUACAAGAGUAGAAAGAGUAGUUGGUAUUGGCUUUCAACCUGGUCUUGAUUCUGGGAAGUUUGUCAGUGCAUCUCAGGCUGGUGAUAUUGAGUUCCUGGAUAUCAGAAAUCCCAGGGAUACAUACCUCACAAUUAAUGCUCACAGGGGCUCACUUACAGCUUUAGCUGUUCAUAGGCAUGCCCCUAUCAUUGCCAGUGGCUCAGCAAAACAAAUUAUUAAAGUAUUCAGCCUGGAGGGUGAAGUACUGGGCACCAUUCGGUAUUACUCAACUUUUAUGGCCCAGACGAUUGGUCCUGUUAGCUGUCUCACCUUCCAUCCAUACCAAGUGCUGCUUGCUGCUGGGGCUGCAGAUGCUUGUGUUUCCAUAUAUACUGAUGACAAUGCUCAAGCAAGAUGAGUGACAUUCUUUACUGGUGUGUUUGGAGUCGUCUUGAUGAGCAGCACAAGGGAAUGGGCUUACUAUGAUCGCCAAUGCUGUUUUCUGAGUGCAAUUUACUCAUCAGAUGUGACACUCCAUUGAGCCAAUCAUGCUUGGCUGGAACCUGGGUUUGGCUCGGACUUCUGAAAUUGUAUGAUACAUAUUCAUUAGCCUCCAGUGUAGGGUCAAUUCAAUCAAGAUGAGAAGAAAUCCUGCAUACUCAUCAGUGGGGGCUUUGGCAAAUAAUUGUUAUAUUGGUAAAUUUGUGUAAAUAGCUUCAUUUCCCUUUGCAUCUUUCCUUUCUUCGUGUGUUUAUUGAUCUAUCCAUUCCCUUGUUCGUUGUAAAAUCAUAAUUUAAGCGUUGCAGAAUGCAGACAGAUGUUGAUAUGGAUGCCAUCCCCCUGAAUUGCGGGGAAUUCAACC